GCUUAACCUCACAAGUCACAACCUUUACCCCCCGAAAGCUCGCUCUCUCUCUCUCUCCCCUUUCAUUGUCUCGACGACCCUUAUAUGAGGAUCCUAAGCGUUUGGUCGAUAACAGUGUUUUCGGGUUAAAGACACAGUUUGAUGUUCUGUUUUAUUUUCUAGGGUUUUGAAUUUCUGGGGGAAGAAGAAGAACAAAUAUGGCUUCUAUUGUUGGAUUGAACCAUCUUGGUGAAGCACUCAUCGAUGCUGGAAACAGACUGCUCACCCCUCAUUCUUCAACCGACGAGCUUCUCAAUCUUCUCGAUGAAACUGAGUCACUGCUGAGAAAAGUGGAGCAAGAUCAACCCUUGUCAAUGCAAAACGCCCUAAUUCCCACCAAGAAGGCUUUGGUUUCAAGUGACCUCUUGAGCCACCCUGAUUCUGAUGUUAGGGUUUCUGUUGUCUCCUGCUUAACCGAAAUCGUCAGGAUCACUGCCCCAGAAGCUCCUUACACUGAUGAUCAGAUGAAGGACGUCUUCAGGUUGACGAUAGAAGCUUUUGAGAAGCUAGCUGAUGCAUCCUCUCGCAGCUAUCAGAAAGCCGAGUCUGUUCUUGAUAACGUAUCAAAGGUCAAAUCUUGCUUGGUCAUGCUGGACCUAGAGUGUGAUGACCUCAUUCUACAAAUGUUUCGCAUGUUCCUGAGACUCAUAAGAUCUGAUCAUCCACGAGUGGUUUUUUCUUCAAUGGAGAUGAUAAUGAUUACAGUAUUAGAUGAAACCGAAGAAGUGUCAAGGGACUUUCUCGAUAUUCUGUUAGCUAGUGUCAAAAAGGAUAAUCAGAAUGUUUCACCAAUGGCUUGGAGUCUUGUUGAGAAGGUUCUCAGUAGAUGUGCCCGUAAGCUUAAACCAUGCAUCAUGGAAGCUUUGAAGUCUUCAGGGACCACCUUGGAUUCAUAUUCACCAGUAGUUACGACCAUAUGCCAGACUGUUUUUGAAACUCCCAAGGUCCACAAUGUUGUUGACACCAAAGAGAAUGAGGACAAACUGGUUUUGGGGCAUUCACGCAAGGAGACUCGUUCUAAAAGUGGUUCCAAGAGACCUGCGAUAGAUGAAAAAUCAAGAAAGGGAAAGCAAGUGUGGUCUGAGAGUAGAGAUGCAGAAACAGAUGUAGGAGUCUCAGGGAAGAGAGGAAGGAAACCCAAUUCAUUGAUGAAUCCUGAGGAAGGUUACGACAUUCCUUGGCUUUCAGGGAAAAGAGAUUCUUUAAAGACAUGUUCAUCAAACAAAAAGCUUCAGAGAAAAGCAUCAGGAGGAGGAGGAGAAUCAUCACUUGAAAAGGUGGCUGCAAAGAAAACGCCUCCGGCUAAAGAAUCUUCCCCGGCCACUACUAGUAGGGCGCUGACGGGUUCAGUUAAACGAAGCAGGGUUAAGAUGGAGGACACUGAUCAUGAUUUAGAUUCUCCUUCUUCACCCAAAUUGAAGAAGCUGGCAUCAUGCUUCCGGGACGAAGAAGAGACUCUUGAGAAAGAAUCAAACCAUGAAAUACCAGAAGAUGACACAAAGAUUGGAGAAUCAAGGAAGAAGACAAAGUCCCAGAAGGGCGGGAAGAAGAAGCCAGUUGUGAACUCCAGCGGAAAAAGAUCGUCAGCUCGCACAGCUGCUAAGAAAAACAACUUGGAAGGUGCUUCUUCGGAUACUCCUGCUCCACAAUCAUCAAAGGACAAGAAGAAGAAGGUUUCUCAAGUUGGAGCUAGAGCAUUGGCAGAAGAAUCUGAAGAAACUUCAAAGAGCCAACAAGUGAGGAGCCGGACAGCAAAAAAAGAAGUGGGCUCUGGAGCGGAUUUGGUCGGGAAGAGAGUGAAUAUAUGGUGGCCGCUGGACAAGACUUUUUAUGAAGGCGUCAUACAGGCUUAUUCUGGUCGUACGAAGAUGCAUCAGGUAUUAUAUACUGAUGGAGAAUCAGAAGAGCUUUAUCUUUAUAAAGAACGCUGGGAGCUACUUGAGGAUCUCUCUUCUGCCAGUGAGCAGGAGGAGGAUAUGGAGAUUGAUCUGCCAGAGUCCAUUCCUUUAUUUGACAUAAUGCAGAGGCAGAAAGUCAAGAAAAGCAAAAACGUGGAAUCAUCAUCAAACAAGGAUUCUGGCAAAAAGGCAGCAAGGGAAGGGAAGAAUGUCAAAUCAUUGAAAGAGUUAAGUGCUGUUGAAACUGGCAGAAGAGAAGCAGAGCAGGAAGUGAGCCGAGAUGUGGACGAGGAAAGCGAAGAUGAGUAUUAUAACAGUGAGAUGCAAGAAGAUGAAGAGAACCUGAAAUGGACUGAGACAGAAGCUAAGGAAGAAGAGGAACAGUUUGAAACUCCAGAGGUUGAGAGUGAGAGAGACGGCUCAGAGUCGGAAGAGGAGCCAAAGUGGAGAGAAACAGAUGAUAUGGAGGACGAAGCAGAAGAGAGAGAAGAGGCUGAGGCUGAUGAUAAAGUGCCAAAAAGCUCAAGCCUCUCCGAGAUCGAGAAAGACUCUGAUGAAGAGAGAGGGUCUUGAAUUGGAGUUUAUGCGUCGUGAACAAAAACCAUUUGCUUUAGACUCUCUAUUUCCUUUAUUUAUCUUUGUUACUAGAUUUUUACUGAACCUGUUAGAGAGAUAUGACGUCACCUGGUCUGUGUUGUGUCUCUGAAAGUUUGUGACAUUUGUAUUUUAGGAAAGCAUAAUCGUUGUUUACUAGAUAAAGAGCCACGUUUGUCA